AGACAUGUCACUUUACGAGUCACUUCUCAGUCAUGAUGCGAGGUAGCUCGUCAUUUUCCAGGGAGAAUAUUCACUAACUAAACACCGGAUUUUUGAAAAUAUUUCUACAAACUUCAGAAAUGGUCCGAAUCAACAACACCGAAUACUUCCACUUCCUGCAGCAGGCAGAUGCCUUACGACGCUCAGGGUCACUCUGCGAUGCCAUCAUCUCAGUAAAGAGUCAGACUUUCAGGGCUCAUCGGCUAGUACUGGCUUGUGCUAGCAGAAGACUAGCGCAGCAGCUAGCCCAGGCAGACAUAGACAGCCCAGUCCGCUGCACUCUGGAGUAUUUCUCACCACGCACCUUCCAGCAAGUUCUGGACUUCACCUACACACAGACUCUUGAUGUGUCUGUGGAUGACCUGCACUUGCUGCUGAAAGCUGCUCAGCUGUUAGAGAUGCAGCAGCUGGAGGACCAGUGCCGAAAACAGCUGGAAAAUCUCAACUACAGAGCCAGAGAGGGUGGAAAAAGAAGAGAAAUCACAUGUGUCAAAAAAGAAGAGAACGAAAGUGCAAAGGAGAAUGAUCAAAAGCAAGAAGGGAGUCCAAUUCAAGAGGAGAGAGUCCAAGUGACUUCUUCCCCAGUGGAGGAGGCAAGCGACUGCAUUAUCCUGGAAAACCUCUCACCCUCUGAUUCUGCCAAGAACCCCAACAGCCCGCCAUCCCCAAGAAAGAUGCCCAAACUCUCCCCCGUGUCAGCAACGUCCUAUAACAGAGACAGUGUGAUCACCAGGCCUGCCGGCAGCAGCUCCUAUUUCUCUUCCCCUUGGACUUUCCCUCCAAACAUGUGGAGCUCCGUGACCACCCUGAGGCGGAUAGCAGAGAACUAUCCAAGCUUAAUUGCAGCUCAUCCCCUUCAGUCCCCAAACCAGCCCACUGUAGCGUACCCAUUCUCCCUCUCCACCCCCCACAUGUUCCCCUUACUCGGCUCUCAUUUUCAAACCCCUGUUCAAAGCUCUAUAAUAGGUUCAGGCUUUUAUCCACAUUAUACACAACACCGUUAUGCUGGGUCUACAGGUAUGGGGAGCAUAAUCAAGCAAGGCCUGUUGAAACGGAAAAAACCCAGCCAGAGAGCAUUUACUGGGACCGUUCAAGCCAGUGAGCUGAGCAACCAUGAGGUACCCAAAGCCAGCAAAGAGCGAGUUAAAGACUGCCAACACUGCAGUACAAGCCUCCUUGGUGCUCCAGUGCUGCGGGAGUCAGCCUCCACACCAUCAGGUGAGGCCUGUGCAGAGUAUCGGUUCUGUGGAAAAGCAGAUGUGCUGCAGCAUGAACCCCAAUCCCAUCAACAAGAACCCAGAGGAGAAAAACCCUACCAGUGCCAAUACUGUCCCAAGAAGUUUAGUCUGAAACAUCAACUGGACACACACCACCGAAUUCACACUGGAGAGAAACCCUUUGAGUGCCGUAUCUGUCGUCAGCGCUCACGGGACUACUCAGCCAUGAUCAAGCACCUGCGGACUCACGGUGGGGCCACGCCCUACCAGUGCACAGUGUGCCGGGAGUUCUGCAAUAGCCUGGUCGCCAUGCAGAGACACGUCAAGAGCCACGCAGUACAGGACUUCCCUCCUGAUUGGAGCAUCAACAGCACCUACCUGUACAACUCACACAUCUGAGGCUCACAACACAAAGUUCUCAUUCAGUUUGUGCCUUUCAUGUACUGUCAUUAUAUUUAAAGAACAGAGGUAAACCUUUGUUUUUCCUGAAGGAUAAAUCACAGAUGAUGUUUGAAAAACCAAGAAGGUCCUUUACUGACAUUUACCACUGUUUUAGAGGGCUAUCACAGGUGUUGCAAUGACGUCGAUGCAAAGUGAAACUGCUGUGUGUUCACAUUCACAACUAUAGAACGGAGGAAAAGCAGCAUUAAUUUCCAAUGACAGAAAAUAUUCUGAAAGUGUUUACCAUUUCACAUUGGGUCAUGUAUGGGGCAUUAAGGCCACAUCAACAGUUCCUCCUCGACAAAUGACAAAGACACCUUCCCUCUUACUUUCUUAAUUAAUUAUUGGACUGCUUGUGUAAACUUUGUAAGUUGGACGUAGGUUUGAAGCGCCCUCAUGAGGGCAAACACUGUAACAAUCAGUUGUUGUUUUUUUCUGUAAUAGUUCUCACAAAUCCAUUACCGUGUCAAGAUGAGACCAGUGGCUGAGUUAUUAUGUUUAGGGCCGGACAAAAGAGUAUUUUUACUAAGUGCUGGAACAUAUAAACAGUAAACAUUCAACGAUUCAGAUUUAGACCAAAUCAGUCUGAAACAAAUACUAUAUCUAUACUUACUUAUAUGCAUUCCCACUUCAAUUCAAAUUCAAAUGUAUCCAUUGCUUCCUUUGAAACAGGGACAUUGUUCUUAUCCUGUGUUAUUUUACUCUCAGAGAAAAUCAGAAAGAGAAGGAUGAAAGAGUUUUCUCCAGUGUCAGUCAACACAACCUUGAGACUUGACAUAGUUUGAGACAAAAAUCUGCCAAAUCCCAUAUACGGUAACAUUAAAACAUCUAAGGAGGACUGUAUGAAUGCCGUGGGCGACUUUAAGUGUCACUGGACAGCUCAAACUGCUCUGGUUCAUUGAGAUAAGAAUAGCAGAGCUCAUGCAGGCAGUCAUGUCUGUUGUAGUUACAAACAUUAGUCCAGCUUUUUCUUCUGCCUUAUUCACUUGUUGCAGUUCAAAAGUAUGGAUAUGCUGAGUAAGUACCUCUUUAAACGCACCACACAAGUUAUAUGACCGUGAAAUUAUGCCAGAGGUCCUCAUGUAGUAUGUAUUGUAUGCAUUGUGCAACCAUGCCUAUUGCUUCAUAGAGGAAGCUUUCAGGCCACUGAAAGCUAUUUGUUGAUUUGUACUGCGUUAUCUUAUUAAGAAAAAAAGUGCCACUUAUCUCCUCACCAGGAGAGUUAGUAUUUAAGUCCUGGUUUAUAGUGCAGUCUGUGUUGGAUCCCUGGUUUGGUUCUGUUCAGUUUUGCCUUGUCUGUGCAAACUGUAAAUAAAGAUUACUUUCUUCAAGUUCCUGUGGCCUGCAGUCUGCUACAUUUGUUACCAUCUGCAUCUGGUUUCGGGUUCACUAUUAUUUCAUUCUGCAGACUACCUCAAUGAGGAAACAGAUAUCA